GGAAGCCAUUUUGGAAAUCUGCUUGUUGUGCACUAGCAUAACACUCAGCAGCUACUUGCAAACUUUUCUGUCUUUCUACAAUAUAAAAAAACAACGUUUAUGGUCUGUGGGUGCGCAGUUAUAAAUAACCACUGGGUUUCCGUGCGUCGGGAUGUUGGCGGAAGUUUGUGCAUCUUCCGUGACCAUAAUAUGUGGAUCUUGUUCCUUUGGAUUACUGUCUUAAAAGAAUAACAACAUACAUGGACUCUAACCACGCGGUCUAAGCAAAGAAGAAUGACCAUGGAUUUUUCUCAACUGCACACAUAUACGCCGCCACAGUGUGCCCCAGAGAACACCGGCUAUACCUACUCUCUCAGCUCCAGCUACUCCACAGCAGCGUUAGAGUUUGAGAAGGAGCACCAGAUUGCUCCUGUGUACGAGUCGCCCAGGAUGUCACGGCGGAGCCUGCGUCUGCAGACCAGUGCUGGUCACUAUGGCAACGAGAGCCUGGCUGAUUACUCCCAGAACCACAGCAGCAGCAGCAGCAGCUACACCAGCACCAGGAGAGAGACACGGACGCUGCGGAGCAGAAAGCAGCAGUCCAGCUCCAACUCACUCUCUUUAUCCCUGAGUCAAGCUGCCACACCGAGGAAAACCCUCUCCUUCUCAGCUGUUAGUACCCCGAUUAACAACAGCAGCAGCUUUCAGGAGAGCAGCACUGUGUCUGAUGCCACCCUGCACAGCUCCAUCAUGGACCAGUCACAACUGAGACAACGCACCAUCACCACAACCACCACUUCUAUGACUGUGGAUGGACACUGGGGGAGGAGCUCCAGAACUGACCACAGUGCAUCAAAUGUCAAUGGCGACGCCAGUGUGUCAAAGUCCCACACCUCACUCGCCAAUGGCUACAUCUGCAAAGACUGCUCUUUGCACUCUCAGGAGAUGGACUCACUUAUCACACGGUCUUCAUCGCCAUCGUCAUCUCAGGCUGCAGAAGCUUCCACUGACGCCCUCUCGUCCUCAUCUUCCCCUUUUACAAGUGUAUACUCCAGAGACAGGAGUCAGAGGAACAAGACAGGUGUCCUGGUGUCUAUAUCUAACACGUGUAUGCACUACAGUAAACGAGCCCUGGCCCCCAUAGUGUCCUUAGUCACCCUGCUCUUCAACAAUGUGCUCUGGCUGUGCUCAAGGGCCAAGAGCCCUCCAGGAAAAGGUUUUCUUGCUUCGUUGUCGGACUCGAUGAGACGAGCAGUGUCCUCCAGUUUGUCCCAAAUGUGGCUGUUUAAGCAGACCACUCUCCGCAGGAUGAUGGGCUACAGGGCUAAAGGCUAUGAAGGACAAGCUCACUCAAGCUUCUGUGGAAGCAUGAAUGUGAAGGAUCUGGUGACUGAAGAUGCAUCACAUCUUAAUCUCAAUGGUUCCCUGUGUGAUGACUGUAAAGGGAAGCAGUAUUCUGAGACACACACCAUCCUCCUCACACAGUCCUCCAGGCCUCAGCGCCUAGCAGGGGCACUGUGGAGCGUCCUAGCUUUCGCAGGUUACUGCCUCCUCCAGCCAGGCUACUGUGUGGUGAGAGCAGGCAAAGCUUUGGGAUCAGGAGUCGGGACAGUGGCGCAGAAGCUGCUCUCUCUGUUCUGGAUGCUCCUGGCAGCUCCAGUGAAGACAGGCAGGGGACUUAUGUGGUUUCUUGCAACAGGAUGGUACCAGCUGGUGUCUCUCAUGUGUCUCCUCAACGUCUUCUUUCUGACACGAUGCCUUCCCAAACUCUGGAAGCUCCUGCUGCUCCUUUUGCCUCUUCUGCUCUUCCUCGCUUUAUGGUUGUGGGGUCCGUCCACUGCUGCCCUGCUUGCCUACCUCCCAGCCAUAAACCUAACUGAGUGGCGUCCUGCGUCCCCCUUUACCCUCCUGUCUAACUUGUUGCCGGCUUCUGCUCCAGUUCCUGCCUCUGUCCCCACACCAGAGAUCCCACUGGAGCAGACCCCAGCCACCCCAGUCUCACAGGCACCGAUGAUCCAUCCACCAGGGGUGGUCUCCACUGUGGACUUGGAGCGUCUUGAACGUGUGGAGCGCCAGCUAGCCCUGCUGUGGGAGCGUGUCCAACAGGGUGACCAGAAGCAGGAACAGCGUCAUGGGGACGUUCUAGGUCUUUACAGCACCCUGAGAGAGCAGCUACACACUCAGACCGACAGGGAGAGCCUGGGACUGUGGGUGUCCUCCCUGUUGGAGCAGAGGCUGGGCGUGCUGCGAGGAGAGCUAGAGCAGGAGAACACACACACAGCACAGAGUGUAGAGGAGCAGAAACAGCAGCAAGAGAGUCAGGCAGCACGACUGGCUGAUUUAGAAUUGCUUCUCAGCGCUCUGGCUGCCAAGACUGAGGAGGUGCAGCAGAAGCAGCAGCGGUAUGAGCAUGAGAAGGAGGAAAAAGAGAAAGAGGUUGUCAUUUCAGCAGCAGACACAGCUCCAGUCAGUGUGGGUGUAAAGCAGGAGGAGCAUGAUGCUUUGCUAGCAGAGGUGCAGAGACUUGAGCUGGAGCUGGGUAAAGUCAGGCAGGACCUGCAGGGUGUUGUGGGAUGCAAGGGCAAGUGUGAGCAGCUGGACACACUGCAGGAGACUAUAACAGCCCAGGUGUCCUCUCAAGUGCGUAAGGAGUUGCAGGUUCUGUUCUUUGGCAGUGGUGGGUCAGGAGAGGAGAAGGAAGAGGUGCCUGAAUCUCUGAUGUACUGGCUGGCCCAGCGCUACGUGAGCACACCAGACCUACAGGCCUCACUGGCCUCACUGGAGCAGAGCAUCCUAAGAAACGUGUCCCUGCAGCUGGAGCUUAACCGAGCCCAGACCCUGGGUGAGGCCGAGUCUCAAGCCAAGAACAUCAUUAAGACAGUAACUGGGACUGUCCAGCACACUGCUUCUACUGAGGGACUGACAGAAGAGCAAGUGAAGUUGAUCGUCCAGAACGCAUUGAGGCUCUACUCUCAGGAUCGAACAGGCCUGGUCGACUACGCCCUGGAGUCUGGUGGUGGCAGCAUCCUCAGUACCCGCUGCUCUGAGACAUAUGAGACUAAGACGGCUCUCAUGAGUCUGUUUGGUCUGCCACUCUGGUACUUCUCCCAGUCUCCUCGGGUUGUCAUCCAGCCUGAUGUGUACCCAGGUAACUGCUGGGCAUUUAAAGGCUCGCAGGGCUACCUGGUGAUCCGACUGUCCCUGAGGAUCCUGCCCACAUCCUUCUGCGUGGAACACAUCCCCAAGGCUUUGUCCCCAACUGGAAAUAUCACCAGCGCCCCUCGCAACUUCACUGUUUUUGGUCUAGAUGAUGAGUACCAAGAGGAAGGGAAGCUGCUGGGACACUACACAUACCAGGAAGAUGGGGAGUCACUGCAAACUUUCCCUGUUAUGGAGCAAAAUGACAAGACCUUCCAGAUCAUUGAGGUGCGAGUGCUGUCUAACUGGGGUCACCCAGAGUACACCUGCCUGUACCGAUUCAGAGUACAUGGAGAACCUCGUCCUCAGUGAACCAACCACUACCAUACACGCUCAUAUACGACAUAUCACCCUAUCUGUACAUAGCUCUUGCCAACUUCUUAAAAACCGGAGGGAACUUGGUGGUACUUUGUGGACGCUUUUUGUAUGAAAGCAAUGAAGAUACAGAAGUUGUGGAUUGUCAGAGGAAUGUGCCCAGACUGAAUCAUGAACACGUUUUGUAAUAUUGAAAGAAUCACAGGAAAGUCUGUAUGUGGACUGUAGACGUGGCAGAAGAGGAAUAGAACCACGGAAGAAGCUAAAGGUCCCAAUCCCCUUUUUGUAAAAGGUCUCUUGCACUGAAUUAGCCCCAUGAGGGCGCCAGGCUCCACUGAGCGGACAAAUCCAUCCCCCCCUCUUGGCACCUUCAACUUCUACUGGAAGGUGGAUGCUUGAAAUGGGGGAUUACAGACUCAUCUCCACCAUUUCCUCACACACUGCAUCUCAAUCUGAUUUGGUUUUUGUUGUUAGUCAUCCAUAUUUAACUUUAUUUUCCUGGUAGAGUCUACAAUACUAUUUUCAGGAUCCAAGCCACUGCACCUUUGUUUGUGAUGGUGUGCAGGCAUGACGCUCCCUUUGUUGCUGUCAGGUCUCUGCAAUGACUUUAACUGAGCUGUGUGGACGGACCGCUAGACUGGAGCACACUCACAGUGGGUUUAUACUGGACAUGUAAGGUUCACAACAUUCAAGGCUUGGCAUCAUGCAUCCAUAUAGCCAUAACUAAGAUUUUCUUUUUUGGAACUGAACAUGCUGCCUGUGGACAAGCGCUGAAUGUUUUCUCAAGUGGAGACUUGAUGCAAGUCAUCCUUUAACUACACAGCAACACUAUAUAACCACUGACCUGCGCUCUAUAUGUUGGAAGUAUUAGGAGGCUCUUCACUAUGUACAUUAGAUGGAUGGACUUCAGAAGUAAUACUAGCAUGUCUCUCUUCCAGAACCAUACUGCUUAACUUUUACACGCAUCAUGAAUUUCCAAGCAAGUGUGUCCUCUCUGAAGGGUUGAGUUCUGUGCCUGGACCUCAAAUUACAAAUCAAUGUUGAAAGCUAAACAGUAUAACCUCCUGUAGACAAGAGUGUGAUUUUUCUUUUCCGUUUCUAUCAAGUGGAGACUCUCUCUGUCCCUCUAGCUCAGUUAUAAACGUCCUCCUGACAUGGGCUCCCUCUAUUCUGAAACCCUGAAGGAAUGUAAUCUGUAUAUUUCAUUGUUGAUAGCUGGUCCUUUAUAAUAUCUGCUUUUAUCAGUGUUGCUUUAUAAAAAAAAAUCACCCUAUCAUUAUUGUUAUAUUACUACUAUUAUUUCUACUGUUACUCAUUGUGUUGUUUUGCUUUUUUUUUUUUGUUCGGUUUUUGGGGGUGGGGGGGGUGUUGAUUAUGUCAGAGGAUGCACUGCCACAAUUUGUUAGAGAAAUAUUUGGCACAGGUCUUCACAAUUUGUCGGGAUGUGUGUAGAUACCAGUUUUUGGUUGCAAAUAUGGGAAAGUCUAAAAUGUUAUGUAUAAAAAAUGUUUUCAUCGCAAUCUUAUUUAUUAACAAGUCAGUUAGUUGCUGCAAGAUAUGAGUUACUACAAUGUAUAUUUUGUGAUGUUGAGCGCAUUUUGGAACCAUCUUGGGACUUUUUUUUUUUUUUUUUUUAAGAUAAAUGGCUAUUUUUGUUCAGUCAUGAGAUGACUUAACGGCUUUGGAAUAUAUUCCAAUAAAGACUUUAAUUUUGAA